AUGGAUUCUUCUGUGGCCUUCAGGGAGGACGAGCCUUGUGAACUAGCCCUCGCACCCGAAGACUCGACGUUCAUCGAAAUGGCUCCCACCACCAACAACUCCCAGACCCGGGCCCGGUUUGAGCCGGCGUCUGCGAAGCUUUUCCGCUGGGACACUAUGCCGCCUACCAUAGAGGAUCUCCGCGCUUGGUUGGAGUGCAGCGACACGCUGCACGUCUUCCACAUCAUCAACUCUGCCCCCACCCUAAACGCCCUCAGGGCCUACCGCAGCAGCUCGCGCACCAAGUCGCGGAGCCAGCGCACCGACUUCUCGACGUUCGUCAACAUGGUCGGGCUCUUCCAGCUAAGCCGGGAGGACCUGCGUGCACGCAUCGGCUUGUACUCAAUCCUCGACUUCCACGCGGCCAUCUUCGCGCACCAGGUCGUGCGGUUCCUGGAGGGUCCGUCGUGCGGGUUCGUGAGCUGGACGCCGGUAAGUGAUCGGUGGCAGGAUGUUGAGAACAGGUACGAGAUCGCCUGUCGGCGGUGGGUUAUUGUGCUCAAGCUGCUGUGGUUUCUUGAAGCCAACGUUGCUUUUCCGCUCAAAAAGUAA